GGGUCAAUCUGGGGUCAACUAAAGGUCAGGAAGUCAAGGUGUACAUUGAGAGGGAAGGAAUGAGAGAAAGAAAUGAGAGGAAGGGAAAGAGAGAGAGAGAGACAGAGACAGAGACAGCCAGGGUUCAGAGAGGAGAGGAGGUGGGCGGUCUGUCUGCUGGACAUGAAACAGCUCCCACUGCAACCACUUAAUCCUGUCUGUGGGGUUCAACUGGAGUGUUACGGUGUGUGUGUGUGUGUGUCAAAUCAAAUCAAAUUCAAAUCACAUUUUAUUGGUCGCAUACACAUAUUUAGCAGAUGUGAUUGCGGGUGUAGCGAAAUGCUUGUGUUCCUAGCUCCAACAGUGCAGUAAUAUCUAACAAUUCACAACAAUACACAAUAGAGAACAACAACAUGACAGAGAAAUGCAAAAGGCCAUUGAUCUGCUUCUUUAAGUGGUCCAUGGGAAAAGAGGAGGAAUCGAUGGGGCAGCCCUGAACCACCCUCUCUCACACCCGCCCUGCCUCCAUCCCUUCUCCUUCUCCGUCCACAAGUCCCAGGACACACACUCACAUAAUCACACACACACUCACAUAAUCACACACACACAUGGUCAAGGGCAGGAGGACAGGGAGCGUUAGUGCCUGAGUCUCAAACAAUAUUCCUCCCUAAAAUCUGUCCAAUCUCCCCGCCCCAGAGAGAGAGCUGGAGAGACAGCUAAGGAGAGAGCUAGAGUGAGUGAGAGUGUAAGCAAGCGAGCGAUGGAGGGAGAGGGAUGCUAUUUCCAUUAUUCACAAGAUGCAGAUAUUUAGCCUUUCGGUGAUAUCCAUUUUGUGGUAAUCUCCUGCAUAGAAGUGUCUGCUUAUUGAUGCUAUUGUAGAGGACACUUGUUUUCCCUGUCUAACUGAUGGGAGACCUUUACACUGAGACGUAACUGUGAUGAGAGAGAUGGCUGGAUCGUGUUAAAGGCCCAGUGCAGUCAAACAUUUGAUUUUCCUGUGUUUUAUAUACACUACCAGGAAAAAGUUUAGACACACCUACUAAUUCAAAGGUUUUUCUUAAUUUUUACUAUUGUCUACAUUGUAGAAUAAUAGUGAAGACAUCAAAACUAUGAAAUAACAGUAGUAACCAAAUAAGUGUUAAACACUUUUGUCUCCUGAGUGGCGCAGUGGUCUAAGGCACUGCAUCGCAGUGCUAGCUGUGCCACUAGAGUUCCUUGUUCGAAUCCAGGCACUGUCGUAGCCGGCCGUGACCGGGAGACCCAAGGGGCGGCGCACAAUUGGCCCAGGGUAGGGGAGGGAAUGGCUGGCAGGGAUGUAGCUCAGUUGGUAGAGCAUGGUGUUUGCAAUGCCAGGGUUGUGGGUUUGAUUCCCAUGGGGGGGCAGUAUGAAAAAAUAAUAAUAAUGUAUGCACUCACUAACUGUAAGUCGCUCUGGAUGAGAGUGUCUGCUAAAUGACGUAAAAUGUAAAUUUGACAUUCUUCAAAUAGCCACCCUUUGCCUUGAUGACAGCUUUGCACACUCUUGGCAUUCUCUCAACCAGCUUCAUGAGGUAGUCACCUGGAAUGCAUUUCAAUUAACAGGUGUGCCUUCUUACAAGUACAUUUGUGGAAUUUAUUUCCUUCUUAAUGUGUUUGAGCCAAUCAGUUGUGUUGUGACAAGGUAGGGAGGGUAUACAGAAGAUAAACCUAUUUGGUAAAAGACCAAGUCCAUAUUAUGGCAAGAACAGCUCAAAUAAGCAAAGAGAAACGACUGUCCAUCAUUACUUUAAGACAUGAAGGUCAGUAAAAAUGAAAAAUGUCAAGAACUUUGAAAGUUUCUUCAAGUGCUAUGGUGAACCGCUAUGAUGAAACUGGCUCUCAUGAGGACCGCCACAGGAAUGGAAGACCAAGAGUUACCUCUGCUGCAGAGGAUAAGUUCAUUAGAGUUACCAGCCUCAGAAAUUGCAGCCCAAAUAAAUGCUUCACAGAGUUCAAGUAACAGACACAUCUCAACAUCAACUGUUCAGAGGGGACUGUGUGAAUCUGGCCUUCAUGGUCGAAUUGCUGCAAAUAAACCACUACCAAAGGACACCAAUAAUAAGAAGAGACCUGCUUGGGCCAAGAAACACGAGCAAUGGACAUUAGACCGGUGGAAAUUUUUCCUUUGGUCUGGAGUCCAAAUUGGAGAUUUUUGGUUCCAACCGCCGUGUCUUUGUGAGACGCAGUGUGUGUGAACGGAUGAUCUCCACAUGUGUAGAUCCCACCGUAAAGCAUGGAGGAGGAGGUGUUAUGGUGAGGGGGUGCUUUGCUGGUGACACUGUCUGUGAUCUAUUUAGAAUUCAAGGCACACUUAACCAGCAUGGCUACUACAGCAUUCUGUAGCGAUACGCCAUCCCAUCUGGUUUGGGCUUAGUGGGACUAUCAUUUGUUUUUCGACAGGACAAUGACCCAGCACACCUCCAGGCUGUGUAAGGGCUAUUUGACCAAGAAGGAGAGUGAUGGAGUGCUGCAUCAGAUGAUCUGCCCUCCACAAUCCCUCGACCUCAACCCAAUUGAGAUGGUUUGGGAUGAGUUGGACGGCAGAGUGAAGGAAAAUAAGCUAGCAAGUGCUCAGCAUAUGUGGGAAGACUAUUUGGAAAAAGCAUUCCAGGUGAAGCUAGUUGAGAGAAUGCCAAGAGUGUGCAAAGCUGUCAUCAAGGCAAAGGGUGGCUAUUUGAAGAAUCUCAAAUAUAUUUUUAUUUGUUUAACACUUUUUUGGUUACUGCAUGAUUUCGUAUGUGUUAUUUGAUAGUUUUGAUGUCUUCACUAUUAUUCUACAAUAUGGAAAAUAGUAAAAAUAAAGAAAAACCCUUGAAUCAGUAGGUUUGUCCAAACUUUUGACUGGUACUGUAUAUUUCUUUCACACUAUGAGGUUGGAAUAAUACUGUGAAAUUGUAAACAAUUAUGAUAAUUCCCUAUUAGUGUAAAACCUGUUUGAAAGACCGCCUGAAAUUUCAGUCUGUUUUGGCCUUCAUGGUGACAUCACCAUGUAGUAAGUUAGUUAAUAGGCCAAUAAUAAAGAGAGAUCCAAACCUCUCUGCCAAUAACAGCUAAUUUUCACUUUUCACCUCCCCACUCAAACCACUCCCAGACAAUUCUUGCUUGAGAAAUUGCUCUUCGCUAAGAAGCUAUUUUUGUUUCUUUUUGACUAUUUUAAUUGAAAACAAUCACAGUAAUGUACUUCAUUGUUACUCAGGAAUUAUUUGAUAUUGAGAUAAAAAUAGCUGCGUUGGACCUUUAAUAACCAGCUCACCCUCCCUGUCCGUGUGUGUCUGUGCGUGCAUGUGUGCGCGUGUGUGUGUGCGUGCAAGAGGGUGCAUGCUCGCGAGUGUGUGUGGCUGAUAAAGCUAUCCUGGCCGCGGGGAUACUAAUGAAUGCAUGUGUUAAAGGCCUGCAUGUUAACAGAUAAUAAUAGUGUGGAUGUCAGGUGAGAAUGAAACACAUCUGUAAGGAGCACACUCUGAACUAACACUGAACUAAUACAGCUCUAUCAGAUACACACUCAGUCACCUAAGGCUGGACCAGGGUUGGAGCGGACAUAGCUCUGUCUUAGUGAGCUAGUCAGAGCCAUUUCUUUUGUCUUAAUACAAGGCUCUGGAGCUAGUGAUUGGGCGCACUUAGUGCUAGGCUGAGAACAGAUACAAUACCAAGUCGUAGCUGGUCCAAUCCUAGUUAACAAUUUCUUGCCCCUUCUCUCCCUUUCUUUCUUCCCUCUCUCUCCCUCCCUCCUCCCUCCCUCUGUCUUCUAACAGUGUUAAGUGUUGGAGCAGGACCUGGUGAUAUUUUUUAUCUGAUAAUAAUGAUUUUGUGCCUGGUCCACCUCUAGUCCUGCAUUAGCUACUUUUAGGUGAGACACACAAAGUUUCUCUCACACACAUGUGCACAUGCUCGCGCUCACACACACGCACGUAGGCAAGCACAUGAACACACUGUCCAGUCCAUAUUGUCCACAAUAAUGAAAUCUAGCUUGGCCCUUCACUCUUUCGCAAUGUGUCUAAGAGUGUGUGUGUCCAGGCAUGAAUGUGACAGUAGUGUGUUUUUAAAAGGAGCGCUCAGUGUGGGGUCUCAAAGCAGGACCGCAGGGUUAUCGUGUGUUGAACAAUGAGUGUGUGUGUGUUUGUGUGUGUCACUAUAUGAUAAGACACGUUUCUGGGUUGAAAUUCCAGAUCACUUUUCAGAAGUUAUUAAUGGCAUGUCACACAUACACGGCUUCGGGCACACCCUGCGUGAACAUUGGGAAAUGAACAGGUUGGUGUUCAGACAUUUACAUUUACAUCAUUUAGCAUACGCUCUUAUCCAGAGCGACUUACAAAUUAGUGCAUUCAACUUAUGGUAGCCAGUGGGACAACUUGAAGGGGUCUGUAAACCCGGCGUGAUCGGGUUGAGAAUUCACAAAAACGUACCCGGGAAUGAACAGCGUCUCAAGUUUCCUGAUGUGUACUGCAGGGAACGUACAUCACUCUUCCCCACCGGAUUGAAACUCUUGCAAACCUACAAUACCAACUCUCCCACCUCAUAUAAAUCCUACAAAACCUUGCCGUGAGGAAGGCGUCAUGGUAUGCAUACUAGGUGAUGAAAAUGCUAGCUGGAAAAUGCAGGAUAAUAUUAUUGCUGAUUUGCUACCCCAGCUGCCGUUGUCAACACUAAAACAAUCUUUAGGCUGGUUACAAAAGAUAUCGUUACUCUGUGUUGUUACUAUCAAACAUCCACAUGCCAAACUAUGGUUUCCCAUACUGGACAAACUGGUGAAACACAUAUGCUUCCCUGCAAGGAGCUAGUAACGUUAACGUUAGGCUAUGCAAUUCUACUUUUCCAAACAUUCAAACUCAUUUUCACAUUAUACAUUCAGAACAAUCUAAAAAACGAAUGAGUUAAAUUGCAUUCUUUACAUUGACGGAAAAACUGUCAACCAUUAUACACAAAUGAGUAGGCCUAACAUUAGCUAGGUAGCUAGCUAGACACAUCACAAAAUUCAAGUCAAGUCUAUUUUUCAUAUUUUUACAUUUAGCAGACGCUCUUAUCCAGAGCGACUUACAGUUAGUGAGUGCAUACAUUUUUCAUACUGGCCCCCCGUAGGAAACGAACCCACAACCCUGGCGUUGCAAGCGCCAUGCUCUUCCAACUGUGCUACAGGGGACAUAUGCACAGAAUACACUGGCUGGGCAGUAUACCGGUAUUCAUUCAUGGACUGGUUUUGAUUUUUACUUUACCUUCUAUAGCAGCAUUUUAAUGUUUGAUUUUUUACAUUCAAUAUAUAUAUUUUCAAAUCAUCCGUUUUUAUCGCCAGAAAGAACUGCCUUCAGCAGAGGACUAGGGAUGGGUCAUUUGUGAACGAACAGCUCUUUUUGAACUGAUCUUUUUGGUGAACGUCGGGAACCGAAUCGCAUCGGUAAAAGAGCUGUUCACAUGGCUCCCUUAUUUGCAUAAAGCUACUACUGCUUUUUGAGCUAAAUAAGUUACAAAAUAAUUAUCUAAAGAGGGUAAAUCCUCACUGCAGAAACAAUAAAUAGUGGGGAGAUCGCCAUCUAACAAUUUGGCCAGGUAAAAAUGUAGUUGAAUGUGCAUUUCACGAUCUGACAUAAUGCUAGCCUACUUUUUGGCCUUUACAUUGGAGAUGUGAUAUUUUUUUAUGGUUCUAGGUAGACUUGUAAGGAUUUUGAAUGAAGAGCCAUUUGGGAGCCAAAUGAUCCAGCUCUUUUUACGUGAACGGAGCCAAAUGAGCCGGCUCACCGAAAAGACUCAGAAUGCGCUUCACUACGGAGAACUGAGGAAGUUUGCUUGCAAGAUCAACAAGUUAAAAAAACUUUGGCCGUAAAGACCCCCAAAAAUCAGGCGACUACCUAGUGGCGAAAGUAAGAACUGCAGUCAAAUAGGCCAGAAUAAUAAUGCUGAAAGGAAAGUCAUUAUUAUUAUUAUAAUAUUUUUAUAGAGGCAUACUAAAAAAUAUAUUUACAUGACAGUGUGUGAAUGAUAAAUAACUAUGCAAAUGGAAACCAUUGGUCGAGUAACAGAGUAAGGCUACAAAAUAGGAUUUUGAUUCCUAUGCAAUGUUCUACAAAUAGGACUACUUCACUGUCAGUUUUGUCCUUCUAUUAUUUUUGGUUUAACAGUAAAAUAAUCAGAAUGGAGAAAGCACAUUAAAACCACUUAGAAUUCAUUUGUUUCCAUCCUAGGUCCAUUCACUACCUAUAAAGCAUCAUUAUAACUUUUAUAAUUAAGAAACAUCAAAUACCGUCAUAGCGCCAAAAAUGAGAAAAUACAGUGAUAUGAUAUAGUAUUUUGGCCAUAUUGACCAGCCCUAGAUACACAUGGUGUACAACCAGGGCUCUUCAAACCUGUUCCUGGAGAGCUAACUUCCUGUAAGUUUUCAAUCAAACUCCAGUUGUAACUAACCUGAUUCAGUUUAUCAACCAGCUAAUUAUUAGAAUCAGAUGCACUAGAUUAGGGUUGGAGCGAAAACCUACAGGACGGUAGCUCUCCAGGACGAGUGUUGGAGAGCCCUGGUGUACACAAUACAUUACAAUGAAAAGUUUACUUACACAUGCAGCGAUCUGCAAAGAAAUUACCACUCACCUUAGAAAAUACCCGGAAACACCUUUUUUCAUGCAGUGUGUGUGUGCAGUGUGUGGGUGUAGUGUGUGGGUGCGUCCAUGUGUGCGUGUGUAUGUAAAUGUCUCAUUAGAUUGGGGCCCGGGGUGUCAGGGUCACCUGGAAGUCAACUGGCCCUAAUUGGGCUGCUGUUGCCCCGGCAACCAGCUGGAAGGGACAGAGUGUGAUCUGACCUGCUGGAGGGGCCAUGUCACCUCUUUUCCAGGCCGCCGCUCUGACACACACACACACACACACACACACACACACACACACACACACACACACACACACACACACAAGCGUACAUUAAGGCAUGCAUACAAUCACAGAUGUGCACACACACACAGACGUACCAUACCUUAACACACUUUCACUUGACCUCCCUCUCACACAUGUACAGUACACACCCUCACACAGACAAAUGCACACAUAAUCACACGGAGACACAGAGAGUCACACACACUCCCACACUGUCACUUUCCUUGUCCUCCCACACAUUAUCUCUGGCUGUGUUAUUCUUGGAAUGCAGGGAAUGAGGAAACGCUGUGGAACAUUAAAGAGUAGAAGGACUAGGUCAGACAGACAGACAGAGGCAGACAGACAGGGGCAACCAUGUCCCUGAGUUUUUUGGGGGGGUUGUCUAGCAACCAGUUCCUGCUCUCUUUAAGAAAAUCCCAAAAUGUCAAGGUGAUAAAGAGAAGUGAGAAGAACAACUACACUCUUAGAAAAAUGGAUUCCAAAAAGGUUAUUCGGCUGUCCUCAUAGGAUAACUCUUUUUGGUUCCAGGUAAAACGAUUUUUGGUUCCAGGUAGAACCAUUUUGGGAAAAGGUUCUACAUGGAACCCAAAACGGUUCUACCUGGAAUCAAAAAGGGUUCUUCAUAGGGUUCUCCUAUGGGGACAGCCAAAGAACCCUUUUAGGUUCUAGAUAGCACCUUUUUUUCUAAGAGUGUACCCCUCUGUUCCCUCUCUUUCUCUACCUCCUCUCCUCCCUGUAUCUAUCUUUAUUUUCCCAUCACUCAUCCUGUCUUUUUCCUCUCCUUUUCCUCUCCCUGAAGCUCUCUAUCUUCUUUCGUUCUAUGUUCUAAGAAUAAAUCCUCUUUCUUUUUCUCCUCAACUCUCUCUCGCUCUUCCUUGUGUGUUGUUACAGUAAAUGUCUAUGUGUCUUUGUCUGUGCAGGUGAAUGAGAUUUACCAUGACCACACUCUGGGAGCCAGGAUCAACGUGGUGCUAGUACGAAUCAUCAUGCUGGGCUAUGGGAAGGUAAAAGACUGUUUUUGUGAAUGUGUGUUAGCCUAUAUAUCCUUUUUACAGGUUGUUUUGACUAUGGAAAGAAAAUCCAUGUUUUUAAUCUACUUCAGGUUUGAUUGAGUUGAGCCUCUGUUUUAUGAACCUGUUCCUGAAAGGCUGCAGCCAUGUUAUAUUUUAUGGAGCAUUUUCUGCAGCCCUACACACACACACACACACACACACACAACCCUCUCUGCACUCACCGAGGCCUACAGCCUGUUAUUCCAGUGGACUGAGCAAAAGAGGAACUAAAAGCAUGUGGAUCCCAGGGGAGGGUUUUCAAAGUCACACGCCUUCACAGUUCAUCACCAAAGCACAUAGAAACACUGCCGUUAUGCAACUGGCUUUUUCCCUGGUGGGCUGGAGCACGGAAUCAUGGGAAGUCCAGACAAAGAUAAACAAUCAAUGAUAGCCUUCCCUCAUUCAUAAACAACCAGACAGACUGGCGGAUGCUGCUCUGUAAUUCUAUCAUCCAUCUAUCUUGAUUAGAUUAGAUUAGAAGUUGAAUAGUCACAUGUACAGGGUUGCAGGUGUAAUUACAGGGUACAGUGGAAAUCUUAAGCUCUGAGCUCCAACAAUGCAUCCCAAAGUGAAAUAAAAACUAUAAAUGUAAAAUAAAGAAUAUAAAUCAAUAUAAAUAAAAUAUAUACAUAUUAACACUGUAACAAUGGAAAAUGUCCAUUGGGGCGGGGGGGGCAGGAGGGGGGAGCAGGUAUCUGACUAAUUCAGCAGCCUGAUGGUCUGGGGGGUAGAAGCUAUUGGCCAGUCUUCCAGUUUUUGCCAUGAUGCUCCUGUACUGCCCGCUUCUUAGUGAUGGAAGCAGGGAGAACAGGCCAUGGCUUGGGUGGCUGGGGUCCCUAAUUAUCUUCUUGGCCUUCCUGCGACACCUGGUGUUGUAGGUGUCCUGGAGGGCAGUCAGUGGGCACCAAAUGGUGCGUUCUGCAGCGCCCUGCGGUCCGUGGCAGUGGAGCUCUCGGUGGUGCUCCUGUAGAACACUAUGAGGGCCCUCUGGGACAGACUGCAUUUCUUCAGCAUCCUGAGGUUGAAGAGUCGCUGUCGUGCCUUUUUCACCACGGUGUCCAUUUCAGCUGCUCGGAGAUGUGUACGCAGAGGAACUUGAAGUUUUUGACCGUCUCCACAGCGGCCCCUUGGAUGGGGGCUUGCCCAGCCUGAUUCCUCCUGAAGUCCACAGUCAGCUCCUUUGUUUUGCUGACAUUGAGGGAGAGGUUGUUUACAUGGACCCACGCCAUUAGAGUGCCUACCUCCUCCCUGUAGGCCAUCUCGUCAUUUUUGGUAAUCAGGCCUACUGCUGUCGUGUCGUCAGCAAACUUGAUGAUGGAGUUGGAACUGUGUGAGGCCACGUGGUCGUGGGUAUACAGGGAGUACAGGAGGGCACUGAGGACGCACCAUUGUGGGGCCCCCGUGUUGAGAAUCAGUGUCGAGGAGCUAAUGUUGCCUACCUUCACCAGCUGGGGGCGGCCUGUCAGGAAGUCCAGGACCCAGUUGUAUAGGGAUGAGUUUAGACCCAGGGCUGUGAGCUUUGUGGUGAGCUUAGAGGGCACUAUGGUAUUGAAGGCCGAGCUGUAGUCGAUGAACAGCGUUCUCACAUGUGCAUUCCUUUUGUCGAGAUAGGUGAGGGCAGAGGGCAGUUUGCAGUGCAAUGGCGAUUGCGUCGUCAGUGGAUCUGUCAGGGCGGUAGGCGAAUUUGACAGGGUGAGUGUGUCGGGAGGGAGGAGGUGAUUUGAUCUUUGACUAGCCUCUCAAAACGCUUCAUAAUGACGGAUGUGAGUGCUAUGGGUCGGUAGUCAUUCAGUUCAGUUACUUUCCCUUUCUUGGGCACUGGGAUGAUAGUGGACAUGUUGAAGUAGGUCGGGAUAGUGGCCUGAGCUAGAGAGAGAUAAAGAAUGUCAGAAAACACCACAUGCUCUGAGGGCUCGGCUAGGGAUGCCAUCUGGGCCGGCAGCCUUGCGAGGGUUAACACACUCUAUCUAUCAAUCUAUCUACAGUGAAUUCGGAAAGUAUUCAGACCCUUUGACUUUUUCCACAUUUUGUUACAGCCUUAUUCUAAAAUGGAUUAAAAUGUUUUUCCCCCCUCAUCAAUCUACACACAAUACCCCAUGAUGACAAAGCAAAAACAGGUUUUUGAAAUUGUUGCAAAUGUAUAAAAAAAACUACAACUGAAAUAUCACAUUUACAUAAGUAUUCAGACGCUUUACUCAGUACUUUGUUGAAGCACGUUUGGCAGUGAUUACAUCAUCGAGUCUUCUUGGAUAUAACGCUACAAGCUUGGCACACCUGUAUUUGGUGAGUUUCUCCCAUUCUUCUCUGCAGAUCCUCUCAAGCUCUGUCAGGUUGGAUGGUGAGAGUCGCUGCACAGCUAUUGUCAGGUCUCUCUGGAGAUGUUCGAUCGGGUUCAAGUCUGGGCUCUGGCUGGGCCACUCAAGGACAUUCAGAGACUUGUCCCGAAGCCACUUCUGCGUUGUCUUGGCUGUGUGCUUAGGGUCGUUGUCCUGUUGGAAGGUGAACCUUCGCCUCAGUCUGAGGUCCUAAGCGCUCUGGAGCAGGUUUUCAUCAAGGAUCUCUCUGUACUUUGCUCCGUUCAUCUUUCCCUCGAUCCUGACUAGUCUCCCAGUCCUUGCUGCUGAAAAACAUCCCCACUGCAUGAUGCUGCCACCACCAUGCUUCACUGUAGGGAUGGUGCCAGGUUUCCUCAAGACGUGACGCUUGGCAUUCAGACCAAUGAGUUCAAUAUUGGUUUCAUCAGACCAGAGAAUCUUGUUUCUCAUGGUCUGAGAGUCCUUUAGGUGCCUUUUGGCAAACUCCAAGCGGACUGUCAUGUGCCUUUUACUGAGGAGUGGCUUCCAUCUGGCCACUCUACCAUAAAGGGCUGAUUGGUGGAGUGCUGCAGAGAUGGUUGUCCUUCUGGAAGGUUUCUCCCAUCUCCACAGAGGAACUCUGAAGCUCUGUCAGAGUCACAAUCGGGUUCUUGGUCAACUCCCUGACCAAGGCCCUUCUCCCCCGAUUGCUCAGUUUGGCCGGGAAGCCAGCUCUAGGAAGAGUCUUGGUAGUUCCGAACUUCUUCAAUUUAAGAAUGAUGGAGGCCACUGUGUUAUUGGGGACCUUCAAUGCUGCAGACAUUUUUUGGUACACUUCCCCAGAUCUGUGCCUCGACACAAUCCUUUCUUGGAGCUCUACGGACAAUUCCUUCGACAUAAUGGCUUGAUUUUUGCUCUGACAUGCACUGUCAACUGUGGGACCUUAUAUAGACAGGUGUGUGCCUUUCCAAAUCAUGUCCAAUCAAUUGAAUUUACCACAGGUGGACUCCAAUCAAGUUGUAGACACAUCUGGAAACAGGAUGCACCUGAGCUCAAUUUUGAGUCUCAUAGCAAAGGGUCUUAAUACUUAUGUAAAUAAGGUAUUUCAGUUAAUUUUUUAUUUUUUAUGCAUUUGCAAAAACAUCUAAAAACCUGUUUUCAUAAUGGGGUAUUUUAGAAUAAGGCUGUAACGUAACAAAAUGUGGAAAAAGGGAAGGGGUCUGAAUACUUUCCGAAAGCACUCUAUUUACAGUGCCUUCGGAAAGUAUUUAGACCCCUUGACUAUUUCCACAUUUUGUUAGGUUACAGCCUUAUUCUAAAAUUGAUUAAAUUGUUUUUUCCCCCUCAUCAAUCUACACACAAUACCCCAUAAUGACAAAGCAAAAACAGGUUUUUAGAAAUGUUUGCUAAUUUUGUAUUUUGUAUUUCAUCCAUUUUAGAAUAAGGCUGUAACGUAACAACAUUUUGAAAAAGUCAAGGGGUCUGAAUACUUUCAGAAGGCACUAUCUAUCUAUCUAUCUAUCUAUCUAUCUAUCUAUCUAUCUAUCUAUCUAUCUAUCUAUCUAUCUAUCUAUCUAUCUAUCUAUCUAUCUAUCUAUCUAUCUAUCUAUCUAUCUAUCUAUCUAUCUAUCUAUCUAUCUAUCUAUCUAUCUAUCUAUCUAUCUAUCUAUCUAUCUAUCUAUCUAUCUAUCUAUCCUUCCCUUCGGUUGACACUAUCUGGCCAAGCUGCAAAUCGGAAGUUCUACAAUUUAUCUUUUUUAAAUUUUAAACCUAACCCUAACCUAACCUAAACCACACUGCUAACCGUAUGCCUAACUUUAACCUUUCCUUCUACUCUCCUUUCUCUGUCUCAAUGGAAGUUUUCAGAGUACAGACAUACAGUGCCUUGCAAAAGUAUUCAUUCCCCUUGGCGUUUUUCCUAUUUUGUUGCAUUACAACCUGUAAUUUAAAUGGAUUUUUAUUUGGAUUUCAUGUAAUGGACAUACACAAAAUAGUCCAAAUUGGUGUAGUGAAAUGAAAAAAAUUACAUUUUUUUUAUUUUUAUAAAUAAAUAACAGAAAAGUGGUGCGUGCAUAUGUAUUCACCCCUUUGCUAUGAAGCCCCUAAAUAAGAUCCGGUGCAACCAAUUACCUUCAGAAGCCACAUAAUUAGUUAAAUAAAGUCAACCUGUGUGCAAUCUAAGUGUCACAUGAUCUGUCACAUGAUCUCAGUAUAUAUACACCUGUUCUGAAAGGCCCCAGAGUCUGCAACACCACUAAGAAAGGGGCACCACCAAGCAAGCGGCACCAUGAAGACCAAGGAGCUCUUCAAACAGGUCAGGGACAAAGUUGUGGAGAAGUACAGAUCAGGGUUGGGUUAUAAAAAAUAUCAGAAACUUUGAACAUCCCACGGAGCACCAUUUAAAUCCAUUAUUAAAAAGGAAAGAAUAUGGCACCACAACAAACCUGCCAAGAGAGGGCCGCCCACCAAAACUCACGGACCAGGCAAGGAGGGCAUUCAUCAGAAUGGCAACAAAGAGACCAAAGAUAACCCUGAAGGAGCUGCAAAGCUCCACAGCGGAGAUUGGAGUAUCUGUCCAUAUGACCACUUUAAGCCGUACACUCCACAGAGAUGGGCUUUACGGAAGAGUGGCCAGAAAAAAGCCAUUGCUUAAAGAAAAAAAUAAGCAAACACAUUUGGUGUCUGCCAAAAGCCAUGUGGGAGACUCCCCAAAUAUAUGGAAGAAGGUAUUCUGGUCAGAUGAAAUUGAGAUUUUUGGCCAUCAAGGAAAACACUGUGUCUGGCGCAAACCCAACACCUCUCAUCACCCCGAGAACACCAUCCCCACAGUGAAGCAUGGUGGUGGCAGCAUCAUGCUGUGGGGAUGUUUUUCAUUGGCAGGGACUGGGAAACUGGUCAGAAUUGAAGGAUUGAUGGAUUGCGCUAAAUACAGGGAAAUUCUUGAGGGAAACUUGUUUCAGUUUUCCAGAGAUUUGAGACUGGGACGGAGGUUCACCUUCCAGCAGGACAAUGACCCUAAGCAUACUGCUAAAGCAACACUAGAGUGGUUUAAGGGGAAAUAUUUAAAUGUCUUGGAAUGGCCUAGUCAAAGCCCAGACCUCAAUCCAAUUGAGAAUCUGUGGUAUGACUUAAGAUUGCUGUACACCAGCGGAACCCAUCCAACUUGAAGGAGCUGGAGCAGUUUUGCCUUGAAUAAUGGGCAAAAAUCCCAGUGGGUAGAUGUGCCAAGCUUAUAGAGACAUACCCCAAGAGACUUGCAGCUGUAAUUGCUGCAAAAGGUGGUUCUACUAAGUAUUGAUUUUGGGGGGGUGAAUAGUUAUGCACGUUCAAGUUUUCUGUUUUUUUUUGUGUCUUAUUUCUUGUUUGUUUCACCCCAAAAAUUAUUUUGCAUCUUCAAAGUGGUAGGCAUGUUGUGUAAAUCUAAUUAUACAAACCCCCCAAAAAUCAAUUUUAAUUCCAGGUUGUAAGGCAACAAAAUAGGAAAAAUGCCAAGGGGGGUGAAUACUUCCGCAAGCCACUGUACACCCACACACACACACACACACACACACACACACACACACUCCUUGACCAGCUCUCGUGGCCCCGCCUCUAUCCGCAUGCAGCUCAGGCCAAGGCUCUGGCUGUCCAUCAUCCCCAAUUACCUUGGCAACAGAGAAGUGCAUGGCCAGCCUACAGAUUGGCCGAGUGACCCUGAACACACACAUACAAACACACACACAAACACACACACAAACACAUACACAGAUGUAUGUUAGUUCACCACGUACAUUGCUUACUCAAUAAUUUGACCAGAGAGGCGGUCAUAUGUCUUCACUGCAGGACAGAGAGGCAGAAUUGAACUGUACAAUGUGUAUGUGUGAAAAUAGAAAGUGAGGGUGGGGGGGGGGGGGGGGGGGGGGGGGGGGGGGGGGGGGGAGAGAGAAGAAAAAGGAGUGGCUGACACAGUGAGAAAGAACAGGAGAGGUGACGGAGAGAGAGAGAGAAUGUAGGUCUAUAUGUGGGAGUAUGUAUUAUUUUUGGAAAAUGUAACCAUUGCAUAAGAAAUUCAUAUUUCUGUAAGUAUGUAUAUUUGGGUUCAUAUGUAAAAAAUAAAUUGUUGUGAAUUUCACAGAAUCAGGAAAUGCAGUAUUGGAUGUAAGAAAAAUGACUUUGCAGUAGGAGAAUAUGUGUACAUCUUAAAAUGCGUAUCGUUUUGUCUAAGGCAAGCAUGUAAGUACCCUAUAACACCAAAGGUAUUUUAGCUCACCUUGGCACCUUGCGGGUCCACCCUGUGGCCGACUGCUACUGCAAUACUGACAUCUGCUGGACACAUCAGGAAUAGCAUUAUACAUUUAGAGCCGCUCUUGUCACUGACUGAGCCUGAUUGAAGAGACACAUGAACUUCUGACUGAACAUCUGCUACAAUAUUUUCUCCUCUGUCCUUUUCUUCUCUGUCUCUGUCUCUCUCUCUCUGUCUCUCUCUCUGUCUCUCUCUCGCUCUCGCUCUCUAUAGUCUAUGAGUCUGAUAGAGUUGGGGAACCCAUCUCAGAGUCUGGAGAAUGUGUGUCGCUGGGCCUUCCUGCAGCAGAAACAGGACACAGGAGAUGCAGAGUACCACGACCACGCUAUAUUCCUCACACGACAGGAGUUCGGGCCUACCGGCAUGCAGGGUAACACACACACACAAACGUACAUAUGGUUUUGUUCUGUUGUGUUGUUGCGUAUGGUUUAGUGGUGUUUAGUGAAGUCAGAGUGAGAGCAGGCUAGCAGCAUGUCUCGAGGGAGUUCUGUAGCUCUAAAGCAGUGGUCUACAGCAGCCCUUCAGCUGCCCUUGGCUUGAGCCUUGAGCUAGAGAGAAAAUCAAUACACUACAGCCACAGCCCUGCUAGAAAGAACACAACGCGGAGAGACUACAGUCACAGACCUGCUAGAAAGAACACAACACGGAGAGACUACAGUCACAGACCUGCUAGAAAGAACACAACACGGAGAGACUACAGUCACAGACCUGCUAGAAAGAACACAACACGGAGAGACUACAGUCACAGACCUGCUAGAAAGAACACAACACGGAGAGACUACAGUCACAGACCUGCUAGAAAGAACACAACACGGAGAGACUACAGUCACAGACCUGCUAGAAAGAACACAACACGGAGAGACUACAGUCACAGACCUGCUAGAAAGAACACAACGCGGAGAGACUACAGUCACAGACCUGCUAGAAAGAACACAACACGGAGAGACUACAGUCACAGACCUGCUAGAAAGAACACAACACGGAGAGACUACAGCCACAGCCCUGCUAGAGAGCACAGAGAGAGACUACAGCCACAGACCUGCUAGGGAGAACAGAGAGACUACAGCCACAGACCUGCUAGAGAGAACAGAGAGACUAUAGCCACAGACCUGCUAGGGAUAACAGAGAUACUAUAGCCACAGACCUGCUAGAGAGAACAGAGAGACUACAGAAACGGACCUGCUAGCCUAUAGAGAGAACAGACCAAUGAGAGAACGUGACAGAGACUGUAUGUACUCUGAGAGAGCCGUACAAGAGACUUGCUACUUGUUCAAAUGUGACCACAGUGCUUCAUGCAAUGUCUCUCUCUCUCUCUCUCUCUCUCUCUCUCCAUCAUCCAUCCAUCCAUCCAUCCAUCCAUCUCUCGCUCCAUCCCUUCUUCAGGUUAUGCUCCAGUAACAGGGAUGUGUCACCCAGUGAGGAGCUGUACUCUGAAUCACGAGGAUGGUUUUUCUUCUGCCUUUGUGGUAGCCCACGAGACAGGACAUGUGUGAGUACAUACACACUACUGAUUUUCGGGUCAGCUGUUUGUUCAACUGCACCCUACCACAACCACCCGACUAUAUGUAAGAAAGUUCAAAUCUGAAGCCCGUACCCGACCCACACCCGCAAAUAUAGAAAAUGCAUUGUACAGUUCCCUUUUUUUCUCUUGAAAAUGUUUUGAACAAUUAUGUUUUUCUUAAAAAUUUCUUCAUUUAUUUCCUGAAUAUUUUUCUGCCCAAAUUCCCAAAAUCAUUUGGCGAUUGGUGUGUAUUUGGUGCGCGUACAAUUUGGCGUAUAUUUGGUCCUAAAGCUUAGGCUUACACACUAAUGCCAGAUUAAAAUAAUGAAAGAAAAACCUCAAUGUAGCCUAUAGAUAUAAAUUGCACAAUAAUUAUAGAUUUAUAAAUUGUUUUAAUGCAUCGUUUUCUCUUUAUUCAACCCGCCCGCCCUUCACACACACACACACACACACUUUAUAUCCACAAUGAAACAUUAAAUUAGAUACAUAUACCUGUCCACAUAUUGAUGAAUUCCCCUCUGCCCUCCCCCUUUCUCCUUCCCCCAGGCUGGGUAUGGAGCACGAUGGCCAGGGGAAUCGCUGUGGAGACGAGGUGCACAUGGGGAGCAUCAUGGCCCCGUUGGUUCAAGCUGCCUUCCACCGCUUCCAUUGGUCACGCUGUAGCCAGCAGGAGCUAGGACGAUACCUACAGUGAGUCUAGCACACACCUACUGUAUACAUACACAAACUCACGCAGGCACUCAAGCAUGCACACACACACGCACAUAAACACACUUACACACAUUACAACUUGUUUAAAUUCCUUUUCACCAGAACUGAAUGACUCCAACAUCAAACAAACAAACAAACGGAACUCCACUUUAAUAGGGCUGUCAGUGUUCACAUCAUACAGAGCUUUUAUUAACAACUAUUUCUCCCAUAUAAAAACUAAUGCAGCCUGAAGAAGGGUCCUAAACUGAAAUUAUUAGAUUGUUCCAAACAACAAAUGUAAAAACAGAAUCGCAGCACUCUGUUUUUAUUCACUGAAUAUAAAACCUGAAAUUAAUAUGACAGCACUGUUAGCUCACAAUGUCUCUUUUGACUCCCCCAGAUCCUACGAAUGUCUUCGUGAUGACCCCUACGAACAUAACUGGCCGUCCCUGCCCAGACUUCCUGGUCUGCACUACUCCAUGAACGAACAGUGUCGCUUCGACUUCGGCGUGGGCUACAUGAUGUGUACCGCGGUAAGAACUCCCCAAAGGAACAAGUGGUAUACUAACAUAUGCACUAACUACUGCUAAUACCAAUAUAUACGUAGUAGGUUAAUAUAUGUUAACAGAGUACCCAGAGUAGUGGUGCCUGUAGUUGAAAAGCCACCCACUUGACUUCAGAACCACUUCACAAUUCAGUCCCCAAUGAUACUGUGAUGAACAGGGUUACAUGGAUAAUAUCCACACAGGAAUACAAUACAAGUCCUCACUCCUCACUGAAGUCCCUACUGAUAAACACUGAGUAUACAAAACAUUAAGAACACCUGCUCCUUCCAUGACAUAGACUGACCAGGUGAAUCCAGGUGAAAGCUGCGAUCCCUUAUUGAUGUCACUUGUUAAAUUCACUUCAAUCAGUGUAGAUAAAGGGGAGGAGACAGGUUAAAGAAGGAUUUUUAAGCCUUGAGACAAUUGAGACAUGGAUUGUGUAUGUCUGCCAUUCAGAGGGUGAAUGGGCAAGACAAAAUAUUUAAGUGUCUUUGAACGGGGUAUGGUUGUAGGUGCCAAGUGCAUCUGUUUGUGUCAAGAUCUGCAAUGCUGCUUGGUUUUUCACGCUCAACAGUUUACAGUGUGUAUCAAGAAUGGUCCACCACCCAAAGGACAUCCAGCCAACUUGACACAACUGUGGGAAGCAUUGGAGUCAACAUAGGCAAGCAUCCCUGUGGAAAUCUUUCGACACCUUGCAGAUCCAUGCUCCGAUGAAUUGAGGCUGAUCUGAGGGAAAAAGGGGGGGGGGGGGUGUAACUCAAUAUUAGGAAGGUGUUCCUGAUGUUUGGUAUACUCAGUGUAAGUCCCCACUUGAAUAGGUCCAUCCCGCAAAGUAUCUUGACACUGACUGAAGAUCUUAUCUUUUUAGACAGCUUGUCUUUUUAUCUCGGGAGCUGUUUUGUGAUAGAGAGAUGAGAGUUGAGCUGACCUACUCUUUGCAGGGUUUUGCACUCAUUGCUAGAUUACCCUUUAUUCUCUUGUCAAACCAUUCAUUCCUUUAGCUGCAAAAGGUGGGCCAGGCUGGAACACAGGUAAGGUUUACCCCCCUACCCUCCCCCAAACCCCCCCUCGGAGCGAUCUGGCCACUUUCUUUUCUUCUGAUUGAUUAUCGGUAUGGUUGUCGUCGUUACUUGUUUAUCUUCCGUUCUUUCGUUCUGCCCAUCGUCACAUUAUCGUGACUGACAUGUGUUCUGCAGAAUUCUAAACAUAUACUUUUUUGGUUUUCAUUUAGUGCCAAAAAGAAAAAGAGAAAAGUAAAAUCUGGAUUUCUCCCAAACAGCUUUCCUGGAUCCCAUAGCCAGAAAAAGUCAACCAUAGCAAAUGAACUCAACACUGACACACACACGGCGCCUAUUACUGUAAAUCUAUGUGUCACUAUUUGGCCAUUCAGAAAGCGAUAUUGGCACAGAUAUUGGAAAAGGGGUGGGAAGAAAGAGAAAUAGAAGUCCUUUCCAGGCAGAAAGAAAGGUCUGGAGUGAGAGCUGCUUUUCUAUGUUCAGGUUUAGGAUCCUGCAGUGUCGCGUGCCAGCCUACCAGGCUGAUGCCAUCAGUGCCAACCGCAGGUUGACCUUUGACCCUGUUGUGACCAACAACUGGAGGGGUCACCUGAGGUCAUUCUGGGUAGAGAGUCUGGGUCGGCUUUGUUAUUGUGGAAAGGGGGACAGAGGGGGGAACAGAGGGAAACGGGUGAAAGAAAGAAGAGGCAGAGACUCCAUUUAGAAAUUAUUAGAACUUUCAGUUAAUUGUACCCAAAAUCCAUUAGAGGCAUGGAACAUAAAACUGAAGAAGGACAACAUUAUCCUACUCUGUUGGGCACCAAUUAUAGGUCAUUUUGACCUUUUGACAUUUGACCUCUUACUCCUCAUCUUCUGCUCUCCCUGCGCUCCUCUCUGACCCCACAGAGCUGCAGGUUCUCUCAGUCAGAGAGUCUCUCUCGCCUCAUCCUCUUUGGUUUUGUCUGCAUGCUCUUUGGCUUCCUGAACAACCAUGUUGUUGUAACAGUGAAACAGUGACGGACUACUACAGUACACUACCGUCUGGACUCUUAUGUUAUUGUGGUUUUGUAUAUUUUCUUGUACAUGUGCAGUACAGUCAAUGCUCCAGUUGAUCUGUUCUCUCUGGUGUAGUAGGUCUGAGGUGAUUUCUGGAAAGUUCUGUGAUGCUAGCUCCUCCCAGUGUCUGAGGUGAUUUCUGGAAUGUUCUGUGACGCUAGCUCCUCCCAGUGUCUGGGUGUCUGUAUAUGAGAAACAGUGACCUGUUGCAGGUCACCUGCCUUGUCUGGUGACACUAUAUGUUUCCGGUAAAGACCCAGUUACUGGCUGUGUGUGUAUAAUGUGAGAAGAUAUGUGUGUGAGGAUUCUUCUCUCUCUGUCCAUUGCAGUACCGGACGUUUGACCCCUGCAAACAGCUGUGGUGCAGCCACCCUGACAACCCCUUCUUUUGCAAGACCAAGAAAGGGCCGCCCAUCGACGGCACCGUGUGUGGGGAUGGGAAGGUACAUACACGCACGCAUGCACACAUACACACACACACACAACCGCACACACACGCACCACCCUAAUGGUAAAAGUAAUACCUUCUGACAGUUUCUUCCCCUCUAUCGUCCUAUCACAGCACUGCUUCAAAGGUCACUGUAUCUGGCUGACCAUUGACAUGAUAAAGCAGGAUGGUGGGUGGGGCAUGUGGAGUCAGUUUGGGUCCUGCACUCGUACCUGUGGAGGAGGGGUGCAGUUUAGAACCCGUGAAUGCGACAACCCCAGGUACUUAAACAUUUUUUUACCCUAAAUAUUGAAAAAUCUACCUAGUAACACUUGUAUAGUAUCAUGGUGAAAAAGCAUUAGGACUUGUCCUAACAGAACAGAACAUAUUCACUGUUCACAUUUACCAAGUGAAACAUUUCUACAUUUCCCUGUCCUCCCCAGGCCUGCUAAUGGAGGUCGUACCUGUCUGGGUGCUAACUACCAGUUCCAGCUGUGUAACAGCCAGGAGUGUGAGGAGCUGUACAGUGACUUCAGGGAGGAGCAGUGCCGUAGCUUGGACCCCGAGUUUGAGUUCCACAACAACAAGCACCACUGGCUGCCUUAUGAACACACCGAACGUAAGUAUCCUACACACAGACUUCACCAAAUGGUGGGUUGGGAGCCACUAGUGGGCAUAAGUCAGCAGAUGUUGUGUGUGUGUGUGUGUGUGUGGGGGGGGGGGGGGGGGGGUUAUGGUCACCGACAGCUGGUUUCCUGCUGACCAGUGUGAAAGCACCCAUCUUAAAAAACAGAACCCUUGUCUUUGAACCUUUCUAAAACAACAACCCGUCUCCAAGACCCCUUUUAAAAAAACACUAUCUUCUAUCUUUGACCUAUCUCACUCCGCCUAAUCACACUGACGUAAUCUGAGGUCUUUUCCAACCUGUCUGUGUCGGUCGGUCAGUGUGCCGGUUGUUCGGUCGAUGUGUCGGUGUGUCAGUCAGUGUGUUGUUCGGCGUCUCGGUCGGUCGGUGUCGGUCGGUGGUUCUCUCUCUCUCUCUCUCUCUCUCUCUCUCACUCUCUCUCUCUCUCCCUCCCUCCCUCUUUCCUCAGCCAGUCAGCUGUUGUGACUCACAGAACAUAGCCAUACUGCAUGUGUUUAAACCAUCAGAACUCAGAAUGGGAUUCCCAUAACAUCCCUUCUUUCUCUUCAUCUCCAAAAACGCCCUUUCGUAAUCUAUAAGUGUGAGUAUGUAUUUGCAGUGUGUGAGGCUUGCGGAUCCAGUCCCCAUGCUAAAUAGUUUUUCUCCACAUUGUCAUUUCUAAAUGCCAUCCUUUUGAGCAAGGCCUUCCCAGGGUCUGUAUUUGACCUCAACUUACUCAAGUAUGCGCGGGCGAGAGAAACAGGGGAAGAAAGAGAAGGGGGAAAAGGGAGAGGUAAGGAGAGAGGUUAGAAUGAAUUCCAUUAGUGUGUUGUCAUCUCCAGUGUUAAAGAGAUAGUGUGAGAGAACAGAAGUGAGUCUGUAUGAAAAUCUAGACUUUGCUCCAGAUCUAAUAAUUGAUUACGCCUGUUGUAAAAUACUGUUGAUGUUGUGUUUCUAGCCAUCAACAUCCUCCUAACAAUGCUCUACAGUUCAAAAACACACGUUUUACAAGUGUUGAUUGUUCCAGCUACUUUGGUCAUCCAGGGUCCAGCUGGUCAGGGCGAUCAGUCGGCCCCUCUCAACCAGAGAACUCUCUCUCCCUCUAGGAUGAUCUGUGGCGUCAGGCCCCUCUCUGUGGACUCUGGCUGGAGGAGUGAGGGAGUGAGGGACUGUGUAUUGGCAUAGCAUCACCAUGAGUCAAUGAGAACUCACAAGUGUUUCUAAUACUUUGUAAUAUCAGUAAGGUAAUCACAGUGCAUUCUGAACAUUGCAUACCGAAGACAUAGUUAGAGUCAUCUAAGCUCGGUUCCCGUGUGGCUCAGUUGGUAGAGCAAGGCCCUUGCAAUGCCACGGUUGUGGGUUCGAUUCCCACGGGGGACCAGUACAAAAAUGUAUGCACUUAGUCGCUCUGGAUAAGCGCGUCUGCUAAAUGACUAAAAUGUAAAUCAUAUAGGGAUUCUGUGGCUUCAAGGUUGAGUCAAUCCUUGGGCAAUUUGUUUUGCAGCAAGUAGACAUACACAAUGAACGGUCAAAUCCACAUAAAUACCAAUCUUGCAUGCAAGACUUUAUAGCUAUUGCAUAGUCGGUGUAUACACACGUCUGGCUCGGGAGGUUACAGAAGCACAUACAGACUAGACAGAGAUCCUCCAUGGCCUACACAAAGGGUAAAUAACUCUGAGCUGUAUCCUUAUUGUAGGGGAUAUAUGCUGGGCCUGCCUUGUACUCCUUUAAACCUCCCCCUCCCCUCCACGUACAUGUGUUUUCUCUGCAGACUGACCCUGUGAUUUACCUAUAUAGUAUAUAUCCACAUCCCUUUACAGCCUGUUUUGUAAUACUGUCAGAUAUAGUCACAUUAUAUACACACUCAAACUGCAGGACAACAUGGGAAAAGGAGAUGAAGCUUGGCAAAAUUAGGGCUCUGUGUCUUAAGACAAUGUUUCUGUAUGGUUCUGUUCUACUAACUAUGGAUGUAAAUAAAGUAUUGUAACGUGUGUGUGUGUGUGUGUGUUGUGCAGCUAAGCAGCGCUGCCACCUCCAUUGCCAGUCCAAGGAGACCCGAGACAAGAUCAACAUGCAGAGGCUGGUCCAAGACGGCACGCGCUGCUCAUAUAAAGACCCCUACAGCGUGUGUGUGCGCGGGGCCUGUGAGGUUAGUGUGUGUGCCCAUAAAUAUGUCAGUGUGUUUGUUUUUAAAUAUAUGUAGGGUUACAAAAAAAAUUGCAACCCUAAUUAUGUGUGUGUAACUGUGUGAGGUGUGCGUCAGUGUUAAUAACUUUGUGAAGUUUAUGUGUGUGUCCAUAUUUACUCUAGUUGUGUGUGUGUCUGUGCAUGUGUGUGUGUGUGUGUGUGUGUUUGUGUGUGUUGCAGAAAGUGGGCUGUGACAGCGUGGUAGGGUCCUCCCAACAGGAGGAUAAAUGUGGUGUCUGUGGAGGAGACAACUCCAGCUGCAAGAUCAUCAAGGGCAACUUCACCCGCAGUGCCAAGAAACAAGGUACACACACACACACACACACAGGCACACACACACACACACACACACACUCACACACAAACACACACACACACUCACACCACUGUGGCAGACUGAGACCAAUGAGGUAAUAUGUAGCUGAGUUGUCAGACCCUGGAACAUGAAAGUGCAUGAAAACAGUGCAGGAAGUGAGAUAGAUGAGGUUGUUUUCCUGGUCUGAGUCCUAUUCUGAUGAUGUGGUCACAACUUCACUGGAUAUCUAACUAAAGAGCCCCCUCUACUGGUCACAUGGAGAGCUGGGCCCAAAUCAACAAAGCCUCUCCGAGUAGGACUGCUGAUCUAGGAUCAGUUUCGCCUUUUAGAUCAUAAUGAAUAAGAUUAUAUGGACUGAUCCUAGAUCAGUACUCCUACUCUGAGACGCUUUGUGGGUUUGGCCCUGGCCAGAAUCAUGUCCUGUUCAAAGCAUUACCAUAUGAGCAGGAUCACCGCCCAACGGUGACGUAAACACUAUACCAUGACCUCAUAUUAAAUAAAUAUCAUCCAGCUGAAAUAAGGAAAAAAACUAAUUUUGAUGCAUUUCCUGGAAUUGACUGUUGUUGACCCUGGCUGGCAAAACUAAGAGCAGUUAAAAUUGUAUUUGAAGCAAGUGAGGGCACAGAAAUGAACCCUGUGCACAGAAAUUAACCCUGUGCUCCUCAGACGAACAAUAAAGUUGAAUGAAAAUGUAUCCUGACCAAGUUGAAAAGAUGUCUCCUCUGAGGGUGUCUGGACCUCAGGGAAAUGUGGUGUUUUCAUUUCAGGUUUCCUCAAAGUACUUGAAAUCCCUCGAGGGGCGAGACACCUACUGAUCCAAGAGAUUAAGCCAACCGCACACAUCCUAGGUAUGAAAUAUGUGCGUGUUUGUGAAUGUGUGUGUGUGGGUGGGUGUGUGUGUAUGUUUGUGUGUGCGUGCCUGCGUGUGUGAGUGUGUGUGUAAGCGUGAGUAUUCCAGUUUAUAACUCCACCUCCCUCCCCAGCGGUGAAGAACCAGGCAUCAGGACAGUUCUUCCUGAAUGCGGAGGGAGACCUCCCAGAAUCCCGUGCGGUCAUAGAGAAGGGUGUGGAGUGGGAAUACAUGAAUAAUGACCAUGACAAGGAGACACUACAGACCAAUGGACCACUCAGACACGGGGUCCUCAUCAUGGUACACACACACACACGCACAUACAAGUCACAAAACACACACUAAAUUCUUACCAUAUAUUAUUGUUAUAGCUUAAUAUUGAUGGUCCAGAAUUACGAAACCGCUACCUUUGAGUUUAUGACAUUUCCAGUCCUGACUUUUGCUUCAUACAUAACACCUGUACUAAUAUGAUUGUGCUGUUGUUUCCCUGUGUCCAGGUGCAGUCCCAUGGAGAUGCCAAGGUGACCCUGUCCUAUAAGUACAUAAUCCACAUGGACCUGCUGUCUGCCAUAGAGAACAACAUGCUGCUGGAUGACACCUCCUUCUACGAGUGGGCCCUGAAGAAAUGGUCCUACUGCUCCAAGCCCUGUGGGGGAGGUAUUUUACCGUGACACCGCUAGCACAGGAAGACACCGGGGGACUGGGGAACAUGGUAGGAGAUUUGGAUGUGGAGAUCUUUGUCUAACAGAUGUUUGUGUGUGUCCUGCCUGAAAAGGUAAGCAGUAUACCCGGUACGGCUGUAGAAGGAGAGCGGACAGUAAAAUGGUCCACCGACGCUACUGUGAGAACAUCAAAAAGCCUCGCGCCAUCAGCAGAGACUGCAACCAGAAGGAGUGCUCCCAGCCCAUGUACGUAUGGAUAUGUUUGUGUGGUUAAUUUUCAUGUUUACCACGAUCACCACAUGUUUACAUAGAGGAUGGCCCUGUUCCAUUUCACUCCUUGGUCCCUACACUGAACCUGUGAACACCAAAGAGGUUGGAGUGUAAAGGGCUAGUGACCGAAAUGGAACCAGGCCUAGAGGUAUGUUUUUGUCUGUACCUCCCUCUAACUCCCUCUUGUUCUUUGUGUCUUUGUAGCUGGGAGGAUGGUCCGUGGGAGCCGUGCAGUAAGACGUGUGGUAAAACAGGGUACCAGAUGAGGUCCGUUCGCUGUGUUCAGCCCUUAGACAAUGGCAACAAGCGCUCCAUUCACAGCAAGUACUGCAAUGACGACCGGCCUGAGGCACGCAGGCCCUGCAACAGAGAGCUCUGCCCUGCACAGUGGAGAGUAGGGCCCUGGUCACAGGUAAGGAUGGAGUGCUGGGGGUAGAGGGGGGUUUUGGUCGAUGAAUACAUAGGGCUAUAUGGGUGUAUUAUUUAGUUUGUAUGCAUGUAGAUGUGUGGUAUGGAGUCUGUGUGUGUGUAGGUGUGUGUGUGUGUUUAUGAUGUUGGAGGUUGUUGUGUAUAGCCUAUUCUCACACUUUUCCUCUGUGCUCGUGUGACCACAGUGCUCGGUGACAUGUGCCAAUGGGACACAGCAGAGGCUGGCGUUGUGUCACACGCGUGACAACACCAUCGGUCUCUGUCUGGACAGCAAGCCAGACACCAUACGCAUUUGUCGCCUGGCGCCCUGUCCCAGUGAGUAUUAUGGCCUGGCCCCAUUAUGCUAUACACAACGAUUUAUUUUUAAGAAAUCAGUGGAGAGUAUAAGUCUCUCCUGAUGAACUCAUACUAAUUUUCCUCUCUGAUGUUAUUCCCUCCUUUCUCUAUCUCCAGGAGGCUCGUCGGACCUGAAUAACAACGGCAACAUCCUGAUCCAGUGGCUGUCCCGUCCCGACCCAGACUUGCCCUACCAGAGGAACAGCUCACGUAAAAAACCAUCCCUUUAUAGCUCUGGGCCCGGCCUCCGGUGCAUGGUGGUCCUGACCUGGACCUUGCCCUCUCUCUCUGUCCUCUUCACCCUGCAACAGGCCUGGGCUAGGGGCCCCGGGGGCAGGCUCACCCCCUGACCACCCCCAACCCCUCCCCCCGUGUCCGUGCCUGUGGCCGCGCCCGCGAGGGAGCGCCAGCUUUUCGCUUCUCUUUUGGGGCGUAUGUGUCUCUCUCGCUCUGUGUCUGAGACAGCUCUGAUUGGGGGAGGUCUCUGGCUCCUGUGUGCUGAUUGGUUGGUUGGUUCUCUCUUGCUCUGUCUCUCUAUUCUCUUAUCUCUCUCUCUCCUUUGUGGAGCAUUGUGUUGUAACCGCUGGCCAGUCGAAACUAAAAAGAAAAACAUUUAAACAUUGAAGAGAAGGUGGAAAUGGAACAAGGCGAGCAGGUUUGAUUAGCGGCUCUUAGUGGCGUGGAUGAGCCAGUGAGUCGUGAGAGGCCCCUCUGUUUGGCGGCCAUGUUUUGCGCGAGCUAGCUGCGAGUCAUCAUGGUUCACGCUCCUGAGAUGAGGGUGCAAUUUUUUUGUCACCGGUCCGUCAUCGUUUGGGGGGCGACAAGUGUGAAAAUAACGAAGAGAAGAAAAAAAAAAGAUUAAAAAAAAAAAACUUUAAAAAAGCUUUAUUGUGAAUGUGAUCUUGUCACAAUGAGGACAUCUUUGCUAAAGUGCUCAUCUCACAUCCUGGUUCCAUCGUAGAAUGAGAACAAAGAUUUAUCUCGUUCUAGGUUCCAUUCUCAGACUGACAGGAAUUCAGCACAGGGACGGGAGUUGACACAAACAAACACUUUUUAGGAUUAUUAUAUACAGAGCUGUUGGGUGAAGAGGCCAAGAGUGCAGAAGAGUAAAAUGCUAAUAAAACAGGGUAGUUUUACCAUGUGAGGUUGCUUCCCAUUUCACCACCUCAUCAACCAUCCUCUCUUUGACUGUUAUAUUAAAGUUCAAUAAAUGCAGCUUAUUUGUGCUUGCAAACUUUAAAACAAAUACAUCUAUAAAUAUAUUUGUAUUUAUAUCUAUAAAUAUAUUUGUAUUUAUAUUUAUAUAUAUAUAUAUAUAUAUAUAUAUAUAUAUAUAUAUAUAUAUAUAUAUAUAUAUAUAUACAUCUCAAAUCUAUAUGAGUAACAAUAAUAUGAAUAAUAAUAAUGUUUUACCAUGAAUAAGCUGUAGCUUAUUUGCCUAAACCUACGGACUGCUAUUGAUCACUUCGAUCCUUGACUGUUAUGUGUAUUUUUUUAUUGAUUUUACAUGAACACAGAAGUAAAUAUUAAAAAAUAGUAAAGUGUUAGGGGGGAAGGGGGUAUAGACCUAUAUUAUGCAGGACUUGGUCAGUUAGUUGCCUCUCCAUUUUCUCAGAUGGAUAAGUGGUUUACUGUUGCUUGUUAUUUUCUUUAGGGAAAGGAUCACGUUUUUGUCAUUCACAUUUGCAUCCCUUAGCCGUUUGAGCUCAUAUGAGUGUGUGUGUGUGAGUGUGUGUGUGAGAGAGAGAGUGUGUGUGUUUGCGUGACUGUGUGUGUGUUGAUGCGUGUCUGUGCAUGCUUGUGUGUGUGUGCAUAUGUGAGUGUGUGUGUUCAUGCAGGCUUCUCAUAGACAUACAACUCUGAUACAGAAAUACCUCAUAAACCUUCAUUUGAAAAUCAUCAAAUUUUGUUUUUCCUUUUGUGAUGAACAAUAAACACAUGAACAAUGCCUUAUCUUGGAUUGAAUGUAAUGGCAUUUAUCUGUGAAAGAGAUGGCUUUACUCAUCAAAACAUGUAUUAAUCACUUAGAGGCAGCUUCAAACCAACAAGCAAACUCACACGAAAACCAUCAGAACCUACAACAAACAUAGGGUUUGGAACUUGGUCUGACCACUGGCGUACGGUUUACAAAGGGCCUAGGGUAUCGAUCGACACACUGACGACGGCAUCUAGAAAAACACAUCAGGCUUGUCAUUGUAUUGUGAUCACAUGUUUCUGUUGUGAUAAUGUAGCAAGCUAUCUGAGGUUUCGUGCUGGAGUCGGACGGUAGGAGGCCAAUGAUGCCAGACCUUGCAGUGCGAUACUGUAUAUAACAUUGGUGUUGACUGUGUUUAAUAAUGUUCAUGACUGUUAUCUUAUUACUUAUGGAAAAAAUAUAUAUAAUAUUCUAUACUAUGGGUAACUGUUUCGUGGCUUCACUAGCCUGAUGGGUGGGGCUGGCUGACGUUGGGCUGACGUUGGAUUGACGUUGGAUUGACGUCGGGGAAACAUUCAGAAGGACUAUGUGCACUGCGUCUAUAUGCACUUUGAUUUAUCAGGGAAAAAUGUAUUAAUGUUUUGUAAAUGUUUCAUAUGACACUUAAACGUGCCAUUCCAGUUUUUACGUCAUUCAUCAUGGAUAAUUCUGUAUUUUAUUUAUUCAACUUCAAAAUCUAUGUAUUCAUUUAUGUAAUUUAUUAAUUUUACUUAUUAUCAAUUGAUUAACUAAACUGAUUGAUUGGUUGAUUUCCAAGUAAUGAAGUGUUUUACCAAAGUGACUGUGAACUUGUACCUUUCGAUACAGUUUAUUUAUUUUUCUUAAGAAAAUAAUAUAUCUAUAUAUUGAGGAGAGAGUACAUCUCAUUGUUUCAGUUCCUGUCAUUAUCAACUGCAAAGUUGUAUAAAUAAAAAAAUAUUUUAAAAAGCGCUCUCACUCUCUCUCCUCCUGAGUUUGUGAUGGUUUGACUUUGUGUGAGGAGGAGCACAUCACAAGCUUCAAGUGGAACUCAACUCAAAGAUUGAUCCAACCUUACAAAGGCUUAAACAUUGUCUAAUAAAGUGAUAAUGCCAUGAAAGUAAUAAUGAAAGACAGAUUAAAUAAGAUCCGCCCUCUUGCAUUAGAAAUAUUAAUAAAGUGAUAUUGAUGUAAUAAUCUGAAACUAAUAAAGAAGACAGAUGAGAUGUCAGAAAAUGUCUGUUUGGUCUGAAGAGCCAGGUUACUGUUCCAGCACCACAACACAAGAGCCCACUCCACUCUUCUUCAGUUGCUAUAGACUAAUCUAUUGACUCUCUGCUGUCGAUGCUGCUUGGGUUUCCUUCUUCGUCUUUUUCCAUCCUGCGCUACCUGCUAAUGGUCUGGCUUUACUACCUAUACUGCUUUACUCUGCACCGUGUGUAAACAUACACACACACACACACACAUACAUACAUACAUACAUGCAUAUACUCAUGCACACACACACAGCUCCAUCUCCAGUCUGGCCCAGUCUCAGCUCUGUGUUCUCUCGCCCACAGGCAAGCAGCGUUGUCAUGGAGACAGGUCAGUGUUCUGUCGCAUGGAGAUGCUGAUCCGCUACUGCGCUCUGCCGGGCUACAAGCGCAUGUGCUGCAAGUCCUGCAGCAACGUGACUGACAGAAGCCUGACCACCAGCGCCCCGCCCCAGGUCACAGCUCGCCCGCUGCCUCGCCCCCUGCCUCGGCCUCGGCCUCUGCCUUGGCCCAAGGACAACAACACCCCCCUUCAGCCCACAGUUCAUCCAAGAAGAACUAUGCAUAUACCUUAUACCACGCCACGCCCGAUGAGCACAACACACACCUAUACAACACCCCACCCAUACUUCACCACAUACCCCAUCCCCAUACACAUGACCCCAGAGCACAGUGUGACCCCCAGAGACACAACCAGAAGUUACCCCUCCUUCACCCUCUCCACUAGCACCAGCAUAUACACUACAACUCCCAGCAACCUUUUCACUGACUCAACCGUUAACAUCACCUUUAUCAGCAACGACACCACAGUGACCCCCAUUCACACCUAUGACAUAACAGGGGCAGAAACCACAACUCCCAGCAGCCCAUACUACAUGGAUGAUGUCAUAAAGCCAACUGAAACCAACUACUUUGAAGAUGUGACAUCACCCAGUGGAACCAUCCCAUACACUGAUGUCACAAUGUCCAGCGGUGGUGAUGUCAUAAUACCUAGUGGAACCGUGUCCUAUGGCACUGAUGUCACAAUGCACAGCGGAACCACACCAUAUGGUGAUGUCACAAUGCCAAGUGGAACAAUGCCUUAUGAUGAUGACAUCACAGUGAUGACAGUGAUGAUUCCUACAGUCCCCAGGGAUGACAUCAUAGAUAUGACCACCCUUGAUUGGCCGGAGACCACAGAGUACAUAUCUGUAAGUUCCACUGUUCCCACUACAACCACGGAAGAGCCAACAACAGAGUUAAUGACAGAGCAAAUGACAGCCCCGCCUCCCACAACUACCAUCGCCAUGACGACAACAACAACAACCACCAAAAAGACCAUGUGGUCGCCAAGCCUCCAGGAGGAGACCAGCGAAAACAACUCCAUUGACGUUCCCUACAACCGGAUCAUCGGAGUAGACAACGUCAUCUCCCAAAACAACCUGAUCCCCAGACGGAGCCGCGUGUUCCUCCAGGAGAGAACACGGAACAAACGCAUCCAGGAACUCCUGGAGGAGAAGAGGAACUUUCUGUUGAGGAUGAAGCGGGCCCAGAGUGGUGCUGCU